AUGUUUGGGGCUGCGAUACGGCAGCAUAAUAUUCUCGUGUUUGUUCUUCUUUUGCAUCUACCAAUUGCCCUUGCCGCGGUGACUGCGUCCCCGGCGAGCCACCAUAGCUACGCGCACUCGAGCUCUAGAUCAAGCCUGGUUCCAACAUUCAUUCCUCGUUCCCCGCCAAAAAGAAACCCUGCAAUAUAAACUCUCCCUCUAAAUCCCCAAUCCCCCGUCCCCUACUGCCCUCCAGUCCUCCAUCGCCUGGCCUCUCGUCUCCCGCCCGCGCUUCAAUCCUCUUCGCCGUCACGUCUCGUCCUUGUCCUCACCGUCGAUUGGCCGCUAUGGUGUGUGCUGCCGGCGACCCCCGCGACCCUCCGGAGAUGCCUCUGAACCAGCCCGCCCUCUUCGUCGACGACCUGGCCGCCUUCCGCGCCGUCCUCGGCGCGGACCUCCCGGUGGCCGCCGCCGUCGACGCGCUCACCCGCUGCAGCGGUGACACCGAGCGCGCCAUCAAAUGGCUCCUCGACGAUGCAACCGCCGCCGGCGGUGACGGCGGCCGAAAUGGGAUCCGAGAAAGUGGCGUCGAGGCGGAACCCGGCAUUGGCGGCGCCUCCUGCCCCUCGCCGCCUCCGCCUCUGCUUCCAGUGAAGGUUGAAGCCGCCGACGAAGGUGAAGUCAAGGUCAAUGUCAAGAGGGAGCCAAUCGAUGCUACCGACACCGACGAGGCGAAGGUAAAGGUUGAAGCCUGUGGCGAGGCAGAGGUGAAGGUGAAGGUUGAAGCCCCUGGUGGGGCCGAAGUCAAGGUGAAGAGGGAGCCAAUCGAAUCCGAUGGCCACUUCCAAGAGCAAUCUGGUCGUCGGGUGAAGCAGGAGGAGGUGGCCGACGAGGUCGAUGUCAAGGAGGAGCAGUCGCGCGAUUCGCCAAUCAAAGGACAACUUUUGUCGCGGCGCCGUGUCAAGGAGGAUCCGGAGAGUGACAGCAGUGAAGAUGAGGUGGAGAUCGUGGAUCCCGCGCCGAGGUCCAAGAAGCGGCCCCGCAAAGACGACGGCGUGCCUUUCAUCGAUCUGACGACGUCUCACCCGGUGCCGUACCUGAACGCGAAGCCCAUCCGCGCGCUGCCACCGCAAGCGGCCAUGCCGGUGAGCGAGUGGAGGAUGGUGGUGGCGCCGCCGCCGCCGGAGCUGGACGAGUACCCGCCGGACCGCCACGAAUGGUGCUUCUUCAAGAAGUCGUACGCCACCGGGCUGUCGACUUGCCGCGGGAGAAAGCUGCUGGACGCCGGCGAGGUCGUGCACUUCGCGUUCCCGUCGUACGACAGGCUCCACGGCAGCCUCAGGGUGUCGGUCAGGCAGGCGGCUGCUCUGGCGGAGAUCGUGCGCUUCUCGACCAACCGAUCUGGAGAGAUUGGGAAGCUAUCUCCCGUGUGGGCAAAGUGCCUUGCUCCGCUGGCAAGUUCUUCAAGGAUUAUGGUCCAGGGAAAGAUAGUGUUCCCCAUGAUGGAGCUGAGGCUGAUGCAGGAAGUUUUGCUUUAUGUCAGCUUCUACAUCCAUCGCUCCUCCAUGUACCUGGUUGCUCCUGAAAAUGUUCAUCAUCCCAACAAUCCUCUCCGUGUGCUGUUCAAGUUACUUUGGCGAUUCGGCGCUGAAAACUGAAGUCCUGGUGUGGCCAGAAGGUACCCAAUGGACAACGGUAGCCGCUUGGAAGGUUUUAGGAGCUCACUAGGAAUAGAGCAAUGCGAAUCGCUUCACUGUGUUGGCUAAUUUUGCUCCAGGGAAACUUGGUUGUAGUCAAUCCAGUGUCUAUAUGUGGUGCCAUCGCUAUUAGCUGUUCUUGUAUCUAUGCCUCACCCCCUAAUCUAUGAUUUGUACUUCUACUUGCGAUGCAUGUGCAUGUGCAUUGCAUCCUUUUGAGUCUGACUUGUAGACGGUCUAGCUGUGACCUGUGAGCCUAUGAGCGAUUCUUGUUUGGGUGCCCUGUACUGUUCUUGCUCCUUGAGAAAUUGCUCUACAAAAUUUGGCGAAUUGAGUGCAUCGAUUAUUUUUCUGUGA